GGUCCCUCCUCCCGGAAGUACGGACUUUGCCUUGGUGGCUUUGUCGCAGCGGGUGAGCCCGGCUUCGGUGCGCCUGGCAGGGGCAGGGGCCGGAAGGUGGGCUCUGUCUUCCGCGCUCCCGCGGCGCUUUUGAGCAGCUCCGCAGGCUCCUCCCGGCGGCGCUCAGGAUCCUCAGCCGGUGCGUGGCUCGCCUCCCCGCCCUGCCCGGCGCCUUGCGGCGGCCUGCGCUCCCGAUACACCCCGCCUGGCCUCACGUUUAGGGACUUGAACCUGGGACAAUGGUGUGCAUUCCUUGUAUCGUCAUUCCUGUUCUUCUCUGGAUCUACAAAAAAUUCCUGGAGCCAUACAUAUACCCUAUGAUUUCCCCUUUUGUUAGUCGCAUAUGGCCUAGAAAAGCUGUACAAGAAUCCAAUGAUAAAAACAAAGGCAAAGUAGACUUUAAGGAUGCUGACAGAAAUGGAUUACCAACAAAAGGACCAACAGGAAUCUAUGAAAAAAAAAAAGACUAACGCAAUUUUCCCAAAGGAUCUCAGUUGUUUUUAAAA